ACUGUUACAUUUGAUAGCAUAAUGGGCAGUAGUGAUACACCCCCCCUGGCAGAGGACUGACUGUGGUUAUGAAAAAUGGCUAUUCCAACUGUGAGUGUUUUCGGGCAUUCUAAUUUGAGGGCUUAAAAAUGAAACACCAAGCCUGAACUAUUAUAAGCAUCGUAUUGCUCUAUAAAAACGGAUAUUGUUGAGUUAAGGAAGGCGAGAAACAUAAUGGAAGAGGAAGCAUUGGCUAUGUUAUGGGACUAUCUUGAGUCCUGGGGUUCUGACUAUGACUGGAAGGCUGUCUUUGUCAUGACCUUUCUGGUAAUUGCUUUUGAACUACUCCUCCUGGAGCUAUGUAGGACUUGUCAGAAAAAGAUUUCAGGAAGAAAGGUCCAGGAGAGCAGUUCAGAUUCUUUGGAGGAGGAAGGCAAUACUUUUCUGAAAAACUUGGGAUAUGAGAAUUGGCCGCAUACCCAAUUACCUCCAAAAAGAAGGCUUGGAGCUUUAUCAAGGAGUCAACUUCUAUCUUCACUUGACCCCCAGAAUACAGAAGACAUCAUUAAUGAGAUGCUUUCAACUUCAUAUGAAACAUGGUCUGGUACUAGUGAUAAUGAAAGUCAAUUAAGUUGGCCUAGUGGCAGUGGAAGUCAGCUGUCAUUUUCAAGUGAGGCUAUCUCCUCUUCCUCAUUUCUAAAUUCAGUAUAUAGGAAGCCCCCUCCCAACUAUAGAAGAUUUUCUCAUUUUAUGUUUGAAACACUACCAUUGUCAUCAAGAAAAUUACUACCAAUAAGGAAAAUGUGUGCAAAUAAAAAUAAGAACGUACGAUUUUCUUCUGAUCAUAACUUUUUGAAAAAAUCCAAGGUGACAUUAGAAAAUGAUGACCUAGAUUUGACGCCAUGCCCUUCAGCUCAUUUAUAUCUUCCUAGAAACCAAAUUAGGCUUCUAGAAGAGAAUUUGAGAAAUCAAAUCCCUUCAAAAUCUCAGCCUGUAAUAAAGAUUAAAACAACUUACCAAAGCUCAAACUUUGCUAAAUUGAAUCAAGCACCACUGUAUCCAUCAGAAGAAACUUCUUGUAAAAGAGAGAAAAUGCUCCAAGAGCCACUAUUUCACUACCAAGAUGAUACUGGGUCCAGUGUUUGCAUCCAUCCUCAAGGUUUAGCACAAUCUGAAGUUUCAGUACAAGCUGAAGUCCCUGGCCAGGCCCAAGAUUGCAACCAGGUCCAAAACAAUAUUAAUAUCCAGACUUCAGUAAAAGUCCAAGGUUUGUCCAAGUUCCACAAUGCUUUUUAUGAAAAGCAGGAACAGUUCACUACUAACAUUUUAGAUGAAAGUCCACCAAUUUUAUCGCUGACAAGAGACAAAACAAUAAAGCCACACUUAUUAAAUAUUAUGGAGAAUCUGAACAUUUUAAAUCCAAAGGAAAAGCACCAAAAAUAUUCAACAGUACCUAGUACUAGUGUGCCUAUUUCAUCUCAAACAAGGCACAAAAGUGUAAUAUGUCCAACAGACUUGAAAAGUACAAUGGGUCCCAGAGUUAUGAAUCUCAAGGCAAAGAAACCAUCAUUUUCACAGCUACUUAAUAUCCCAGGCUAUGGUACAUCAGCCAAUAGAAGGAAACUGGAAUGGAACAUUGCAAAAUCAGACAGUGCUUGUGAGAUGAAUCCAUGGAACGCCUUACAAGAUUCAGCUCUGAAAGCUAUACAGGCUUCUAUGCCCAGCUCAUUUUUUGGUCAUAGUACAGCAAAAACAAAGAGAGAUACGCCAAUAGUCACAAAAAUCAAGUCUCCUCUACAGGUACCGAGCAAAAAGCCACCAGGGAAAAUAUCGUAUGCACAGCCACUUGAGAAGACGCCUCCAUCAGUGGAAAAUAGAGGUGAAUUUAAACAACCAACAGAUACCUCUACACUUAGUUCAGAGUAUUCAGAUAGCAAAACACAGCGAAGUAAAAACUGUGGUAUGACCAGAGCAGGAUUAACUGUGAACAACAAAGAAAAUAGUCGCCUGCCAUAUACAAAUAAGAUAGAAUUUCUUGCUCUAGAGCAAGAUGCCCAGCGAUCCAAGUAUGUACAUCAAACUAUUUUGAAUUCUGUUUCUUUCCCCAAGAAGUUUUCAUUUCAACCUGAGAAGGCAAAGAAAAUAAAUGAAGCUAUUGACCCAGAGACUUUUAAAACGUCAAAUUCACUGGGAAAGGAAAUACCAAAUAAAGCUGACAUGCUUGAGUGUGACUGUUCCAGAUCUGGAAAACGACUUAAAUUGUUUAUUUCAAGGCAGCCAAGAGUAGUAUUAAAAUCUUUUCUCAGUUCUGUUUUUACCCCUGUCAAGUUCCCACUUCAAAGUGAAAAACAGAAGAAAAGUGAAGGUUCAGGAGAAAACAUGAACAGAAUAAUACAAGAUCAGUCUCCAGGAGAAGAGAUAUCAUUAACUGAAGUUGAGUGUAAACCUCUUCUUGCCUCACAAACGGUUGCCAGUCUCCAAGUUGUACCUGCCCGAGGAGAGAGAUCACUAAUUAAGGCACAGUUAUUGGAGUGUGAUAGCCCAAGAGAUUCCACGUCCCAGGGAAACUAUGCAAAUCAACAGGAAUGGUUCGCAAUAAAGCAGGAGGGGCAGCAGGAUCAAAAAUGUUUACCACUAACUAUUUCAAAAUCUGGGAGUGAACAAACAUCAGAAGACGUCUCAGAAGACUCGAAAGACUCAGUCUGUCCUCUAAGUUGUGAAGAAAUCAAAAGAUCGCUUGAGAGCCACAUAAAAGCGACAGACGUUUUACAGUCUAUCUAUACCACCGUUCCCAUUCUCUCUCAAAUUAAAAUCAAAUACGUAAAAAUAAUGGAAGACAAGGACAAUUCAGUAUGUAUACCUUUAAUUUGUGAAGAAAUCAAAAAGUCUGAGUCCAAAGUAGAAACUGGAGUUGAUUCAAAAUGUAGCAAUGACACCAUACCCAGUCUACAUCCAAAUACAGCGAAAGUGGCAGACAUUAAAAAUAAAAUUCCUUCUCCAGAAAUCAAAAGGUCUGAAUCUUAUGGAGCUGGUGAAAUUGAUUCAAAUCUAGCAAAAUCAGAUACAUGUCUAAAGACAAUUACAGAAGAAACAGUAGCAGAUGUUAAUAACAAUUCAAUGUGCAGAGCUCCACAUUGUGAAGAAAUCAAAUCACACUUUGAGGCUCAGGUAAAGCCUGAAGACUCUUCAGAAUCAAACAUUACCUCCAUGCCUUGUCCACGUUCAACUGCAAUAGUCCAUCCAGUGGAAGACACAAAAGGGGCAGUGGCUUCCCUGGUUUGUGAAGAAAUUCAAAAGCCUCCUGAUGACUCUCCAGAAUCCAGAGAUGCAUGUUUUUGCAGUUCACCUUCAGUUGAACCAAAUUCAUUGUCUUUAAAUUGUGAAGAAAAAACCAAAAGAUCCCUAGAGUCCCACAAAACAUCAAAAAGUGUUUUGGAAUCUAUAUUUACUUCUACACCCAGUCAAAAUUCUAGGAAAAUGAAAACUGUACAAGUAAGAGCAGACAUGAGCCAUUCAGUGUGUCCUUCAGUUGGUGAAGAAAUGCAAAAGUCUGUUGAGAGUCCCAUUGUUGUGGAACCUUCAGACACCUCUAUUUCCCUUCCCCUUGAAGGUAAAAAGAAAUCAGUACAAAGUCUAGAAGAUGUGAAAAGAUCAGUAUGUUCUCCAAUUUGUGAUGAAAUCAUAAAGUCCUUAGAGUCUCAUAUCACUGAAGCGGUUUCAAAUUCCAUAGAUGCCUCCACACAUAGUCCAUGCCCCAUUAAAAAGAAAUCAGUAGAAGUAGUAUUGGAUUUGAAAAAAUCAUUGUUUUCUCUUCCAAUGCCUGUAGAAACCAAAAGGUCCCUGGAGUCUUACAUAAAAACUGGAUGUGUUACAGAAUCUAGAGGCACCUCUAUCCCUGGUCCACUUCAAAAGAGAAUAUCACAAUUAGCAUCGGACUUGAAAAAUUCAGCAUUUCCUCCUCCAGUCUGUGGAGAAAUGCAGAGUUCCCUUGAGGCUCAUAUGAGAAUUCCUCUUGAGAGUAACUGGGAAAUUGAUAGAAAAACAGAGAAGUUUCCACAGGAGGAUACAUUGCUAGUGAAUGAGGGUCAAGAACAAAUUGUGGCAGAUUUAACAAAAGAAAUCCAGGUCUCCACACACCCUGGUGGGAGAAAGGAAGCCUUUCUGGAGGCCAGAGGCACUGUAGUAGCUGGGUACUUCAAAUCACAAUUACGCUCCAUCUCUGUUCUUGAUAGGCUCACUGCUAAUGAAAAAACAAAUCUUACUUUUCAUUUCCAAAAAAAGAGACUAGAAUUGAAACAGGGAACAAUCCAUGCAAUAGUUAUUGAAUCUUACCAAAAAUUACCUUCUGUCAUCAAGCCAUGUGUUUCAAAAGAAGCUCACAGUGAUAGGCGAGUAUUUCCAAGAUGUAGAAAAUUAAACUUCAUGUCUCGGGAAGAGGUUGAUUCCCUAGAGAUGAACUUAAAACACAAAUAUCUGAUGUUUCUUUUUGGACUCCCUUUGAAUAGCCAGAGCUCAUUAAAAGAAAUCAUCCCAAAGGCCACAACUCCAACCCCUUCAACGAUCUACCAGAAACAUAAAGCUAAAUAUAUUGAAAAAAAUGUGAUAGUAAUUAAAAGAGAAGUUAGGGAGGAAUUAGAAUCACACAUCCGUGAAAAACAGAAACUCGGUUUUUCAAAAUCAGUCAUGAGCUCUCUUCCCCAAAGCUUCAUCCCCAGUCCUCCAAAAAACAUCUGUGGUCCAGAAGAAGGAAGCGCCGUGAAAAGAGUCAUCUGCUCCCUUUUCAUUGAGGGUGAAACAAAGAAGAGUCUACCAUGCUAUUUGAGAAAAAUGGCAGCUGAGCAGAAGGGUGACAGCAUUCCCUCGAAAUUAAUGAAAUGUGAGAAUGCAACAAAAGAAUUGUGCCCUGUCAGCAGUAUGAAAGCAGUCCUUGUUAAUAGACUAAAUGUCACAAAUUAUGUCAAUGAGAACAUUAAACAAGCUGUAGAGGUCAAUAUGCAGUUAAGGCUAAAGCAAAAGGCUUCACGUACGCCUGCUGAAAAUAAGGGAGGAUCACUGCCUCUAGUUUUCCAGAGAUUCACAGCCAAUGAUUUAAGAAAGCUCAUUACAUAUUUUUUAGUGAAAACAUUGGAGGUCAAAAUGAGCAUGAUUCCUGGAGUAGUGGAAAAGUCCAUUAAAAUGGCAGAAAAUCAGGUCCAAAGAAAACCUCGAUUAGAAUCAGUUUAUCCUACUAACAAAGUCACAAAGCCAAGGAGCACAAAAUUGUCAUUCAUGGAGCCCAAGUCUCUUCAUCAAAUAAUUCUUAAUUUACAACACAAAUGUCUUACGUUUCUCUUGGGGCUUCCUAUUGAGACAAUGUCCCCCAAGCUGAUUAUGCCUCCCAAGGAUCUGCCUAGACCUAAGCUUAAUAAGCAAUGUAAGACUGUAAAUGAGGUUGGAAACCGAGUUUGCUUUUCCAUUGAUACGGAGAAAUUAGAACGACACAUCUCUUUCAAAAAGCAGAACCCCUAUAAAAUCCCUCCAUCAAUUGUAAAAUUACUAAAAUCAUUCUUACUAUCUGUUUGUCCUUCUGAAUACAUUCCUAUAGCAAUGGAUGACAGGACAAUUUUGGAAAAAACCCUUUCUCUGAAUUGCUCCAGCAUUGUUGUUGAUUCUCAACGUUUAACACAGAAAGAUGAUGGUGAGCUUUCCUUGGGAAAUCAUCAUUGGUCUCUAGGAGAAGAGAAAUUCAAUGUCCAUUUCAAAAUAUCUCCAAAGUUGACUAAAACUGUCCCUGAUCCUCCAAAAGAUGCGCCAGCAAAUACUGAUAGCUUUAAGGACUCAAAAGUAUCUGGCUUUCAGAAAGUGGAAAUUUGUUCUGAGCCUCAGAAAAGCAAAUGUGAAUCACCUACUACACCUAAGAAGACAGAGCUUGUUGCUCAGACAAACACUGACAUAGUAUUGGCCUUACAUGAAACAUUACCUCAGAAGACUGAAAAUGCUCCUGAUUUCUUUGAAAUCUACAGUGAACAUUCGACAUCUUCAUCUGAGAUUUGUAACAUUUUUGAAACUAAGAAGGGAAUUAAAGCAAAUACCGAUAGCUGUAGCUUAAAAGCCUCAUAUCACAAGACUGAAGUUACCUUUCAAAGUCCGGAAAAUGUCCAAAGAUCUGUUGAGUUAAAGAAAUCUCCACCUCCCCCCAAGAAAAGAGAGAAAAUGGAAAUGCCUUCCCAGAGAUCUGUUGAAUUAAAAAAAUCUCCACCUCCCUCCAAGAAAAGGGUGGAAGUGGAAAUGCCUUCCCAGAGAUCUGUUGAAUUAAAAAAAUCUCCACCUCCUCCCAAGAAAAGAGUGGAAAUGGAAAUGCCUUUCCAGACACCAAAUGUGAUCUUCAGGACCUUUAAAAAAUCCUGGGAAAAUGCUCCUUUAUCAGAUGGUGGUCCUUUAAGGCAGGAUCAAAAGGAAAUGUAUUUUGACAUUCCAUUUAGGUUAGAGGAAUUCAGUCCUUUGGAACAACUCAGCAAGACAAACCAAGUCAGGACCAAAACAAAGCCAGCUUACCAGAAGGGAGAUUUAAUUCCCCAAAGUAUUCAAGCUUCUGGAAGUUAUAGCUCCCUUAUAACAACACCUUACUAUAAAGCUUAUCAACAUAGAAAAAAGAAAUUGUGCCCUAAAAUUCAUUCUCCUUCCUGGAUGUCUGAUAGUUCAUUAGAAACUCAUUCCAUGCCAUAUUCAUUACCCAGAGAAGACAAGCUUUCAAGGAAGACAUGGAGUCAUGUAAGCUGUCCGUUGGCUUCUCUAGCUGACUCAAGCAUCAAAUUGAAACUUGAAACAAACGAUGGGAAAAUUAUUCUGAGUCUGGAAAAUAAAAGUGGAGAGAAGCCCAAUGCUGAUCUGCCCAAAGACAACACUAUGAAACUUGACCCUUCUUGCAAUUUUACAGAGAGUAAAGAGAAACAGAAAAAGCAAGAGGGAGCAUAUGACUCUGGUUUAGAAAGUCCAGAGUGGCAUUUCUUAAAUGAACCUGAAUCAGUUUUGAAACACCAGCAGGAAAAUGACUAUUUUCAUUUUAAGAGAAAAAACACCCAACCUUUUUUUUAUGCCUGCACACCAGCAGAUACUCCAGGGAAUAAAUCCAAGACCAUUCGCUGGAAUAUCCCAAAAAAUAUCUCUGGACAAAGUAAGUUUAGAAUUCCCUUGGUAGCAAAGUUUUCAAAUUCAGAGAAAAUGUGGAGUUCAUCAAAGAAGUUUUUGGAGUCAGUCUCAGCGCCCUUUAACUUAUGCCCAGUCCAUCAAAAAUGAUGCAAACCAGAUCUAGACCUCUCAUUGAUGAGAAGUAAAUGCUGUCAAAUUGUGAAAUAAUAAAAUCAAGUAAAAUCCAUUUUUUUUUCCAGUGGAGUGUUUAAUAAAUUGAUGGUACAAAUC